AAGGUUGUAAAGAAAAGAUGAAUGCCAUCCAAGUGAUAUCCUUGACCCUGCUCUCCAUUCUGGCGGCCAAUGCUCAGUUCAUCAUGAAGGGAAAAUGCCCCCAGCCUGCUGUUCAGGAGGACUUUGAUGUUGCCAGGUAUCUUGGUAAGUGGUAUGAAAUCCAGAAACUGCCAAAUACCUUCCAGAAGGGCAAGUGCGCAACGGCCACCUACAGCUUGAGCCCUGGAGUUGGAUUUGGUGUGUUAAACAGAGAGCUGCUGUGAGUACUCCAGCUGCAUUUAAAUUAAAUUUUUAAGAGUUGGACCAAAUUAACGUUCUUUCUGGAGCUUAAACAAAGUGAUACAGGAGGUCUAUUAAACUGUAAAAACUAAAUGAAUAAA